AUGUCUACUGAAGAAGUCACCCGCCUCAAGCAGGAGGUUAGCUCUCUCCAGCAGGCUGUUCAAGGCAGCAACGCCGGUGAGCCUAUCUAUGUCGGGGAUUAUCUCCUUGCUAGGCUGGAGCAACUCGGAGUUACCCAAAUGUUCGGAGUUCCUGGAGACUUCAACCUUGGCUUCCUUGACCUAGUCGAAGAUAACAAAAAUAUAGAAUGGGUUGGCAAUUGCAAUGAACUCAACGCCGCGUACGCUGCGGAUGGUUAUGCUCGCGUCAAAUGGAGGAGUAUCGGUGUGCUUCUUACCACGUUCGGCGUUGGAGAGUUGAGUGCAAUUAAUGGACUUGCUGGAGCCUUCUCCGAACAUGUCCCAGUCCUACACAUUGUCGGUGUGCCAAGCACGACCCAAAUGAAGACGAAGCCUAUGCUUCAUCACACGCUCGGCGAUGGUCGUUUUGAUGCGUACGAGAAAGCCGCACAACAAUUCACCAUCGCACAAGCACAUCCUCUUUCUAAGGAUACUAUUGCGGCAGAAAUCGAUCGUGUCCUUUCCGCCUGCGUUACCACUGCGCGUCCUGUGUACCUUACCUUACCAACGGACCUUGUAUAUGCAAAGAUUCCAUCCGGCCGUUUACUUACUCCUCUCCCGACUUCUCCAUCCCCGAACGACCCUGAUGUGGAAAAGUUUGUGCUGACCGAAAUUCUCAACUUAAUUAAGGAGGCAGAGGGAGAGGUGGUUAUCCUGGUUGACGCUUGUGCGAUUAGGCAUCAUGUUAUGGAGGAAACGCGCGAGCUUGUCCGAAGAACAGGCUUCCCUGUUUAUUCUGCGCCAAUGGGCAAGGGAGUGGUAACUGAGAGCGACGAGCGUUAUGGAGGGAUUUAUGUUGGUACCCUCACUCGUGAAGAUAUUAAGGAGAAAGUAGAGAGCGCAAAGCUGAUUAUCUCUAUUGGUUCGCUCAAGAGCGAUUUCAAUACUGGAAAUUUCACAUAUAGCAUUCCGACGUCUCGGACCAUCGAGCUUCACUCCGACCACACGCGCGUUCGCUAUGCGUACUAUCCUAACAUUGUUAUGAAACACCUCCUCCCAGCACUCACUGCUCGUCUUGAGCCCUUUGCACCAAAAGCCUCCAAGCUACCCGUCGCAGAUAACAGUGCCCCUGUUCCAGAAGACACUUCGCCCAUUAUUACACAUGAUUGGUUCUGGCCCCGUAUGGGCAAGUUCUUCCGUCCCAAGGAUGUCAUUGUCGCAGAGACAGGAACGUCUUCAUUUGGGAUUUUGGAUGUACCAUUGCCGCAGGAUGCGACGUUCGUGAGCCAAAUUCUCUGGGGAUCUAUUGGUUGGACGGUUGGAAGCACCCUCGGUGCUGCAUUUGCAGCGAGGGACUUGGGACUCAAUCGGACUAUUCUUUUCAUUGGAGAUGGUAGUUUGCAAUUGACAGUCCAAGAGAUAUCGACUAUGAUCCAUAGGGGCUUGAAGCCUAUCCUCUUCGUGCUCAAUAACUCGGGAUAUACUAUUGAACGUCACCUUCACGGAAGGGAGAGGAAAUAUAACGACAUAGCCAAUUGGAAGUGGACUGAGCUACUCUCGGUCUUCCAAGGCAGCACCUCUUCGCCGACUGGUAAAUCGUACACCGUGAACACAAAAGAAGAGCUCUCGGCACUUCUGGACAACCAGGAUUUCGCCUCGGCGAAGGAGAUCCAGCUCGUCGAGAUUAUGAUGGAUAAGUUCGACGCGCCACGCGCUUUGAGAAAGCAGGCUGAGUUGAGCGGGAAGACGAACAGCUAUGUCCCUGUUAGUGUUGGUACGAAGUGA